AUGCUGCAGGUUCUCUGGCUGCUCUUGCUACAUUUGAUUUUCACUUUGGCCAACGAUGAUGGCUGCAACGAGAUGGUCUGCGGCUCGGUGGUGUCCAAGUGUCUGCUCACGCAGAGCUGUCAGUGCAAGCUGAACGACUGCCACUGCUGCAAGGAUUGUCUCAACUGCUUGGGUGAGCUCUACACCGAGUGCUGCGGCUGCCUGGACAUGUGUCCAAAGCAUCAGGAUGCGCUCAGCUCGUUGACUCCGCGCUCAGAGAUUGGCGACGUCGAUGGCCUGCCGGAGCUCUUCGACACUAUCACCGCUGAGGAUGAUGAAGAGUGGUCCACCAUACGUUUUCCCAUGCGCGCUGGCCUUAAGACGCCAACGGACUCGCAGGCACCUAGACAAAAGUCCCAAGUGCCCACUGUCAACUGCACCGUGAUCUAUGUCAACUCCUGCAUACGUUCCAACAAGUGCAAGCUGCAGUGCGAGAGCAUGGGCGCCAAUAGUUAUCGUUGGUUUCACGACGGCUGCUGUGAGUGCGUCGGCGCCCAUUGCCUCAACUAUGGCAUCAACGAGAGUCGUUGCAGCGCCUGUCCCGAGGAGCAGGAGCUGCUCAACGCCGAGACAGGCUACAGCGAUGCCGAGCAGGAUCUAGAGCGUCUCUUUGGGUUUGAGGACGAGGUGCCAAACGAUAUGUGGGACUACGGCGAAGACGAUGAUAUGAUGCUGGGAGGAGUGGGAGCUCGUCGCAGAAGGGGCUCAUCACCGAUGGCACGUUUAACGAAUACCGCAAACAUAUUUAGUCUGGAUGAGAGCAUUGCCAAUGGCGAUGGGGGCAUCAAGAGUGCGCUUAACAAGCGCAAACGUGUCGCUACUGGCAGUGGACAUGAGAAUUUUGCCUUGGCCCAAACGCGACUCAAAUUGGGUGACAUUAUGUAA